AUGACGACGGCGUCGACGACGACGGCUGCGGCUGCGGCGACGAUCUUUCAGCGCAACAAGCGCAUCUAUGUACAGGAGGAGGACAAGCUUGAAGGGGUUGCCUCCGACGAGACGUUCCAGCAGAAGUUCCAUCAGUGGCUGGACGCGACCAUUGCCCAGCUGGAUCUGCAGUUUGAGCUGUGCGAGCAGCAGCUGUCGGAGCUGCAGCAGAGCGUCGCGGUGGAGUCCGGCAGCUACUGGUGCAGCAAGACGAUAAUUCAGCACUGCAACCUGCACAUGAGUGAGAAACGGCUUAUCGUCGCGGGGGUGAACAUGGAGCAGCACGCCACGCUGCCCGACCUCGUCAACCUCAUCUCCUCUCUGCAGCAGCUCAAGGUGCAGGCGUUUAUUUCCCCCAAGCAGCGGCGCUUCAUCGAGGAGUGCGAGUCGGAGCUGAGGAACGUCGUGUUUGAGUCGCGAGAGCUGCUCUUCAUCACCAACGCGCUCAAGACAAAGCUGCGCGACGACGGCAACACCCGCGGGGUCUUUGGGGACCUCACGGAGUUUCAAAACGCCAUCGAGGACCUCUCACCCGACAUCGACCAGUGCGAGCAGCUGCUGGAGGCGAGCAUCGCCAACGGCGAGAUGGGGCUCGCGGAGGACAUCUCGCUGCGUCAGCUGGAGAUCUACGAGCGCAUCCUCACCCUCAUCACGGACCAGUACCCCAUCAUCACGAACUACUACACGGAGUCGCGCGACAGCGACCGGCGGCGGCGGUGGGCCAUUUUUCGCAUGGCCGACAAAGACAUCACCGCCGUCAUUGAGGGGAAGUACCGCCAGAUAGAGGCCUGCGAGGAGGACCUCAUGAAGAUCAAGGAGCAGAUUGAGAACUACAGCAACGACGACUCCCACCAACGCAAGCGGUAUGAGGCGGAUCGCAACCUCUCCGACGAAUUUCUGCAGAAAAACAAGGAGAGACAGCAGGGUGUGUGGAAUCGCAUCUACGAACUGUAUGAGGAGUUGCGACGGUGUCAGAUGGAGUUGACCACGCUUGCCCGUCAGCGUCGCAAGGAGAUCGACCGCCGGCUGCAGAUGGAGGAACACGAGGCCGGCCGACGCAGCGGACAUGAGGCGUUUAUAAGGGCCGCCGCGGAGCAUGCGCAGAGGCUGCAGGGCAUGAUCAACAACUCCUUGGCGGCAAAGGAAAUUGCGACGGCGCUCAACAACUUCGUCUUGGAUGGCUGCGACAGCAUCACGAGCAAGUACGACAAGCAGCAGAACGCGCUGAGUGAGAUGCUGCGGCUUGUGCAGCAGCAUCAUUUUAAGCGCUUCUCGGACUACUACAUUGCGGCAAGCCGCUACCUUUACCGCAAGGAGCGGCGGCUGGAGCAGCUUGAGAAGGAGAUUGAGAGCAACGAGAUGAGGAAGGAGAUGCUCUCGGACCGACUUGACACCAACGCCAAACGCUACGCCGAGUUAAAUAACGACCUCCUGCUGAAGCGGCGCGAGGUGUCGCAGGAGGUGCUGUACGUUCGACACAAGUUAGAAAAGGCAGAAAGGGCGAUUGAGCCCACGCUGCGAUCCCUGCAGUUUGCCGGCGUGGAGUACGUUCACCCACGCGACAUUGUAGAGAAGAUUAACCUGAAUCGCUGCAGUACAAUUCUCGACUACCGUGAGUUUAUGACCCCCUCCAUCUCCUACGACGACAGGGUGCGCAUGGAGGAGUUGAUGACGCUGGCCGAGCUUCGCUCCACCAUUGACGCCGAGACCAAGGAGCGUUCCAUGCAUCAGCGCCUGCGACUCCCCACCAUUGCAAAGAAGGAUUACACCGUGCUUCAGAGGCGCGUGAACGCCCUAUUAGAGAAGCGGUCCGACGGGUCAGAACGCAUCCCGCAGAUUGCGGCAACCACGUCGCAGGGCGCCGCCAUCGCUGGCCCUGCAGGGGCACGAGAGAGGGCAAGGAUGUCUAUGACGGGAACCAUCGUCUCCGAGACGCCAGGGCGUUCGUCGCCUAUGGCUGCCACGGACGUGGUCGGGGGUACGGGCACCACUACUGCGUUGUCACGCCCCCCGCGGAUGGAGGGAACGGUAAUGAGGGCCUUGUACUCCUACAAGGCCCGCGCCCCCGAUGAGUUAACCUUUGAGGAGGGCGACUUGAUUGUAUGCGUGAACCGAGCCCAGGAGGAGGGCUGGUUUAAGGGUGUGUGCAACCAACGCACAGGGCUGUUUCCCAUCAACUACGUCGUCCCACAGGAGGAGGUUUAUUGA